AUGGACAGUAUACAGGAUACUACUAGUCCUGAAAUAGAACAACUCCAUUUGGCCGUUGGAACUGUCCUCGUCGUGUGGUUGGCUGCAGGGGUGCUUGGUAAUGCAACUUUAUUCGCUGUCUUUGCCCGCUACAGAAAGCUCUGCAGUCCAACCAAUGUACUUCUUCUUAGUCUGGGCUUAGCUAACCUAGGAAUGGCUAUAUGCUGUAUCCCUCUUUCAACCACAGCAAAUUUCAUCCAGAGAUGGCCCUUUCAUUGGGAAGGCUGUAAAUUCUACGGGUUCUUCUUCAUGUUCUUUGGUUUAACAACUGUCGGCAAUACUGUCACACUAGCAGUUAGCCGGUAUCUAAUCGUCUGCAGGAGUGAGCUUGCUCAGCAGCUUACGUUUUCCCACUACCGUUACUUCGCGAUGUCAGCGUGGGUGAACGGUCUCUUCUGGGCUCUUAUGCCGAUCUUCGGCUGGAGUCGGUACGACAUCGACUCCCCUCUCCAGACAUCGUGCUUCGUCGACUGGCAGCGCAUCGACCUCUCCUACGUUUCCUACAUCGUGUCGUGGUUCAUCAUCAACUUCGUACUGCCUCUGUCGUUGAUGGUGUUUUGUUACGUGAGUGCUUUUUUGACAAGGCAGGAGGAGGCUGGGGAGGCUGAGGAGGGGCAGUUCGCUGCUGAUCCUACACGCAACGAUGAACCAUCACCUAAUGAUGUAGAUUGGGCAAGUCAGCCCGAGGCGCACUGGAUCGGCAUCGUGACCGUGGUCGUCUUCGUGCUCUCCUGGGUUCCAUACAGCGUUCUCCUCCUGUACGUCAUCUCCAAUGACCCCACCGAGAUGCCCACCUACCUACCCAUGGUCGCCCCGUUGUUCGCCGAGAUCACCUUAUGGAUACAUCCAAUCCUCUUCCUGGUCUGCGUCAAGAAGUUCCGCAGCUACGCGAUCAUGAUGAUCUGCUGCCGUACCGAAGUGGAGGCUAUCGAGGUCGACCCGCAGGCCAAUGACAGCCAUCGUAUGUCAGAAGCGAGACGCUUCGCUGAUCACUUCGUAUAGGACUUCGUACAGAUCAUCGUAUGUCUGAAGCGAGACGCUUCGCUGAUCACUUCGUAUAGGACUUCGUCUAGAUCGUAUGUCCGAAGCGAGACGCUUCGCUGAUCACUUCGUAUAGGACUUCGUCUAGAUCGUAUGUCCGAAGAGAGACGCUUCGCUGAUCACUUCGUCUAGGACGAGAAGAUCGACGGUUAAGUUUUUGAAACAGUACGACCAUAUUUGUAUGUUCUAUCCAACUCGUGUUCUGUUGUUUAUAGUGCAUACUAUGCUUAAGCUAUGUGAUUUAAUCUUUUUGUGUGCCUUGAGCAUUUGAUUUCAAAUGGAUUUGACGCCAGCCCAUACAUCUAUAAUACCUUAUUAUCAUUUUUAUUGUAUUUCUA